CAAAGGGGGGAACCGAUCCUAACCCUAACGCUCCCAACUCCCAACCGCAACCCCAACCCCAAUCCCAACCCCUUCUCGUCCUCCCUUCUCCCUCUACAGCACCUCUCUUCUCUCUCUCUCUCUCUUUGAUACGGCGCAUUUCACUCUGCCGCCGCUGUCCUUCGCUCUGCCGCCUCCCGUGCUUUCGUCUGGGUCCGCCGUUUCCCAUGUUUCAGUCGAUGCCCUCUACGCUUCCUCCCGUUGCCGUCAUCCUUGCUUCAUACCGUCUCUUCGGCUGUGUCGUUCUUCCACCGCUGCCUUAGUUCCGGUUACAAGUGGAGCAUUUGAACCGCGCCCAAUAAUCUCUUACGGUGAUUCGCUUUUCCUCAUUCUGUUCUCCGAGAAAAGUUGAGCGCAUAGCUGUUUGCGAAUCAAAACCCCCAAACCCUAAUCGAGGACCGUCCAUCCAAUCAAUCGAAAUCCGACGUCCAUGGCGCACCGCUUGCUGAGGGACCAUGAAGCUGACGGGUGGGAGCGCGCAGACUUCCCCAUCAUCUGCGAGUCCUGCCUUGGCGACAACCCUUACGUUCGAAUGACAAGAGCUGAGUAUGACAAGGAAUGCAAGAUUUGUACACGGCCAUUUACUGUCUUCAGAUGGAGACCUGGUCGGGAUGCGAGGUAUAAAAAGACUGAGAUCUGCCAGACAUGUAGCAAGUUGAAAAAUGUCUGUCAAGUGUGUCUUCUGGAUCUAGAAUACGGGCUGCCAGUUCAAGUCCGUGACACAGCUCUCAGUAUUGAUUCCAAUGAUGCCAUUCCAAAAAGUGAUGUUAAUAGGGAGUAUUUUGCUGAAGAGCACGACCGCAAGGCUAGAGCUGGUAUAGAUUAUGAAUCUUCUUAUGGUAAAGCACGCCCAAAUGAUACUAUCUUGAAGCUACAAAGGACAACACCAUAUUACAAAAGAAACCGGGCACAUAUUUGCAGUUUCUACAUAAGGGGUGAAUGUACUAGAGGAGCUGAAUGCCCUUAUCGGCAUGAGAUGCCAGUAACUGGGGAGCUGUCUCAACAAAAUAUUAAAGAUCGUUAUUAUGGUGUCAAUGAUCCUGUGGCUUUGAAGCUACUUGGCAAGGCUGGAGAGAUGACCUCUCUGGAGGCUCCCGAGGAUGAGAGCAUCAAAACCCUUUAUGUUGGUGGACUUGAUGCUAGGGUCACUGAGCAGGACUUGCGGGAUCACUUCUAUGCGCAUGGUGAAAUUGAAUCUAUAAAAAUGGUUCUUCAACGGGCUUGUGCUUUUGUAACCUAUACAACCAGAGAAGGUGCAGAAAAGGCAGCCGAAGAACUAUCCAACAAGCUGGUUAUUAAAGGCCUAAGGCUAAAGCUGAUGUGGGGCAGGCCUCAGACAGCAAAACCGGAGUCAGAUGGCUCUGAUCAAGCAAGGCAGCAAGCAGCUGUGGCUCACAGUGGGUUGUUGCCUCGUGCAGUUAUAUCGCAACAGCAGAACCAGGAUCUAGGCCAAGGAAUGCCUUACUAUAACAAUCCACCUCCUCCUCAGCAAGAAAGAAGCUAUUACCCUUCAAUGGAUCCUCAAAGAAUGGGUGCUCUUAUUCCAUCUCAAGAGGGUCCUCCAGGUGGACCUAGUGGAUCAGGUGAGAACAAACCCAGUAUGGAGAAGCCACAAAUGCAACAACAUUAUACCCAUCCAAUGAUGCCUCCUCCUCCUCCUGGCCAAUAUCAUCAUCAGCCUCCUCAUCAGUAUUAUCCUCCUCCAUAUGGUUAUAUGCCACCAGUUCCCCCGUAUCAGCAAUAUCCACCACCAUAUAGUGCUCAAAUGGUGCCAUCUCAGCCACCAGCUGCAAAUCAUCCAUAUCACCAUCAUCCGAUGCAGCCAGGUUCUUCACAAACAGGGUCUGGACAGGUUGGCUCUGGAUCUGCACCAGCUGAAGCUGGAACAUCAGCAUCAGGGUCACAGCAGCAGUGAGAUUUACCCAUAUACUUGUGUUCUAGAGGACCCGUAUACUUGUGUUCUAGAACUAUGUUUAAUUAUUCCCAAACUGAUCAUGUCAGGGAAGAUAUUUUGGCGCAGGUUGUCAAUUUGCUAUUUCAGAUAGCAUGACAUAGCCUUGUGGCUUGAACAAGUUGUUACAUGAUUUGAUUUUGUGCUUUUGUAACUUCUGGCUUUGUUGCUGACUGUUGCGGUGCGCUGCUUUAGGAUUACUUGGUGGUAAAUCAUAAUGUGUUAUCUUAGGUGAACAAGAAUGGUUUUUACCUUCAAAUAAUUUGAGAAGAAUGGUAGGCAUUGGUUGA